AUGUUGGUGCUACGAGUACGUUGUCUUGACGAUGGUCGUGAGCUACUAUUCGAACGUCAUGGAACGAACGGAUACAGUAUCCAAGUAGCUGAGCUCAAGAAGCUCGUACUACAGCACCGACAACAGGUGUGGUUGAACAACAAGGGCGUCAAGACUCGCAGGAACUCGCAGUUUAGCCUUGAAGAUUGUUUCAUCCUCCAUCGUGGCGAGAUUCGAGCCGAUUCGGACGUUAUUGACCUGAACGCAUGGACUCCAUCUGACUUCUUUGUGUUUGCAUCCGAUGCAACGUCGUCUACUAUCAAUGCGAUGGCGACAGCUUGCGUGACGCAAGCAUCUUCAAUUGGUCCGCGACGAAGUUUAGUGCUUGAUGAGAAUCUAAGGCGACUACAACAAGUGGUGGCUAUGGAUUCACUGGAAGCAGUAGUGCACCUGAAGGAGCACUUUUCGUCCGACUCACUCCAUCAACUUCAUCAAGACCCCGUGACGACGCUACAGCUACUUGCGCUUCCGACUCCAGCUGCGUCUAUGGCGGUCGUCGAGACAAAGACGUACAGUGAACGCGAUACUGAUACGGAGCUCGAGAAGCGAGUGGAAACCGAAGCAUUUAACAAUAGCUCAAGAGACGCAGUUAAUCGGCUUGUCGCGAUGGGAUUUGCUCGUGACCUUGUGGAGGUGCUCUAUGAAUCUUGCGGUGGCGAUGAGCAACUCACAGCUAAUGCGCUACUGGAAACGUCUGAGUCGUGA